CAGAGUGAGCUCGGCUGCCACUACUGUUGCUGCUGUAGCCACGCAGGGGCUGAGCUGCGACCGCGCCCCUGUCCGAGCCCCGAGCCCCGAGCCUCGGCGCCCGAAUCCGGUGCCCCGACCCCAGCCAGGCGCAGAGGCUGCGGCGCCGCGGUCCUCGCAGUCCCCGCGGACGCCUGGCCCCGGCUCCGGACCGCAGACCCGCACCUGAGCGCGGUGCGCGGAGCGGCCCGGCGGGUCGGGACCCGGACGGCUGCUGGCGGCGGCGGGAUGGGGAAAUUCCAGUCCAAGCAUUGUGAAGUGCAGGCCGGCCAGGCGGGUGGGCGGGGCGCGGGCCAGUCACUGUCCCUCCCUUUGCCCCCGCGUCCUCCGGCCGCCGCCGCCUGCAGGCAGAGAGAGAGUCCGGAAGGGGACAGCUCUGUGGUGUUCGGGUACGCGAGCGGCCGCAAGGGCGCGGAGGAGGCGGAGCGGCGGGCUGAAGGCGGCGUGGAGCACCGCGCGCGGGAUAAGCAGGAGCUGCCCAGCGGGAACCCCAAGGACGGGUCUGUCCGGGAGAACCAGUGUCCUCUGGAGGUGGCACUGCCCCCGGAGAAGGCUGAGGGCCACGAGGGCCCAGGACAGCUUUUCAGCACAGAGGAUGGAGAGAGGGUGACGCCCUGUGAGGGCCUGCGAGGGCCCGGCAGAAAGCGCCUGCACAUCGAUGCCCUCCAGUGUGACGUCUCGGUGGAGGACGAUGACCACCAAGAGUGGACAUUCACACUCUAUGACUUUGACAACAGUGGGAAAGUCACCAGGGAGGACAUGUCCAGCCUGAUGCACACCAUCUAUGAGGUAGUCGAUGCCUCCAUCAAUCACUCCUCAGGCAGCAGCAAGACUCUCCGAGUGAAGCUGACGGUCAGCCCUGAGCCCUCUGGCAGGAGGAAAGAGGGGCUUCCCUCCAGCCAGGACCGGGAGCCCCCUCGCUGCAGAAUGGAGGGUGAGCUCGCCGAGGACCCACGGGCAGCUGACAGGAGGCUGUUUGCCCACAUCAGGAGGCCCAAUGCUGACCCACAGUCCUGCUCUGCACGGGGGCCCUACUGUGUGGACGAGAGCACAGAGCGCAGAAACCACUACCUAGACCUGGCCGGUAUCGAGAACUACACGUCUAAAUUUGGUCCUGGGUCCCCUCCGGUGCCGGCCAGGCAGGAGCACCACGGCAGGGCCUCACACCUACAGAACAGGUCGCGUUCCCAGGAGUCGGAUGCACACCUGCUGCAGCACCGCAGGUCCCAGGUGUUGGCCGAUCAUGCCACGUUGGCCACAGAGCCUGCUGCCCGAGUCCUAGACAUGCAGUCCCGGCUGAAGGUGCAGGACAAGCCGCUCCUCAAGUCACCCAAGGGCAUGGGGAAGCUGCCUGGAAUGUUGGGCAACAGCAAGCCCGGGAGAGUCUUCAGCUACUACCUGCUGGCCCAGGCCCCCCCAGAUGGUCAUCCCCCUCCACAGGCCCCACUGCCGGCCUAUGGCCACAAGCGAUACCGGCAGAAGGGCAGGGAGGGCCACUCGCCACUCAAGGCCACGCAUGGCCAGCCUGCCUCUGUGGAACAUGAGGCGGUACGGGACCUGCCACCCAUGGUGACAGGUGAGGGCUACCCGGUGCCCAUGAUCCAGAGGCACGAGCACCACCACCACCACGAGCACCACCAUCACCACCACCACCACCAUCUGCACCCCGCCUAGCCCCACUACGCGCCCUCAGACCCCAGGUGCAGGUGGGGAGGUAGCACCUCGAGGAACACGGGAAAAAGGGCCCUGUUUCCUCCGUAAUGCCGCUGGCGCUCCUGUUUAAAGCUGUUCUGUGUAGCCCAUAAAACCCACACAGGUGCAUAGAAAGCGCUCCUGUGUCUGCCUCCAUGUAUGAUUCUAAACAAGGCCCCAGAACACUGAAGGAGCUUCUGCUCAGACACUGCCACCUCUGGGUGCUCCUGGCACAGGGAGGCAAGGCCAAGAUUGAGUGCAAAAGUUGGAGCCUCUCAUGUAAUUUGCUCCUCAUAAGGUCAGGGAGGGUCCUGGGAGCACCUGUUCCUUGGCAGGGUCCUCGAUUCCCUGAGCUGUGCUGAGCAGAAUUCACAAAGGGAGCCGGGCUGUGUGGGAACUAUCUAGAAAUGCUGGAGGUGCCGCCAAGGCGGUACGCACAGGCAGAAGGACAGAAUAGGGGUUGGAAGUGGUGGAGAUGCCAGACGCAGGGGAUCCUCACCUGGCUCAUGGAGCAGAGCAUGGGCAGCCUCCGCAACACGGCCCCUCUGGGGAGGACUUCAGGCUCCAGGGCACAGCGAUAGCUGUGGAGGCUAUGCAGCCUCAAGGCCCUGUCACCUGAGACUGGUGCCUGAAGCUUUCUGGCCACCACAGGUGACUUUGUGCUCCCUCUUGGCACCAUUUUUAGGGAUAAAGCAAAUUUACAGUCAGUUGGUAAUAGAGGUUUUUUUCCAGGCAUAAUAAAAAUUUUUGUGUUUUGUA